GCAAUCGGAAGAUCACGCCUCACGAAUGACCCGACCGUCUCAUCGACGGUACUUGACUGACCUCUCCGCGCUGAGUGCGUCAAUGCCGAAUCAUCGAACGCGCCGCCUCGUACCGAAACCAGACCGCGCGUCGGGGCCACGCCGCUGCGAUAGAAGACGAAGACGUGCCUUGCGCUCACCGCUGAUGCAAACGGACCGCGGCGUGGACCGUGAUUUGACGCGAUGCACAGCAGAUGCUGGGAAACGGUUGACACGGUGAGCAUUGCACUUCCCUACACACCUGCUACUAGAUUCUUCGCGCGUACAUGUCGACUAGGGCGGUCUCUACGCUCAAUCGCCCUGUUCGCGUUGAGAAUGCUGUCGACCUCGUUAGAUGUGUGGAUGACCAGAGCGUACCGAGACGCAGGCGAGAUGUUGACUACGCGGAUACUACAAAUGACGAGGCGCACGACGAGAGACGGCCAAGACCGAUUGCAACCGUCAUUCGCGCUCACCCGCAUCGCACUCGGGCUGGACAUGCCCUCGUGCGCUCGUCGCCGUCCUGCUGUCCGUGGCUUUGGACUGCGAAGCAAGACAGCAUGAUCAAACAAGUGCGCAAGAGAAACGGGGGGAUGGCCUACCGCAUGCCAAAGCCAUCAUUUCACGCAGUCUCCUUCGCCAGAACACGCGCAGGACUGGCGCUUUCACGACAGGGCUUGAGGCUCGUGCCACUAUCCAGCGACCGGUCGGAGAUCACACCUGACGUCUCAGAAAUACCCGCAUCCGAUGCUGUCUGAUGCAACUGGGCUAUUCCGGCGCACUUCAAGCGAUAUUCGAGCAACAGAAGCUGCGACGGUUGACUCGCAGGCCGCAGAGGCCGACCAUGACCUGCCGCAGACGGUAGACCGACCUAGGAGAGCAUCUCGCGUUUCGCGUGUGGUAUAGAGG